AUGAGACCAACAUGGGCUGCAUGGACCAUAGCAAUUGCAGUGGCUAUUGCUUAUCAAAUGGGUGGCAUAGGUGCCACACGGAUUGGAGUUUGCUAUGGUAGACUUGGAGAUAAUCUACCACCUCCUCCAGAAGUAAUAAGCCUCUACAAGAAAUCUAACAUUGAACUAAUCAGGCUCUUCGAUCCGGACCCUCAAGUACUAAAUGCUCUAAGGGGUUCCAACCUCUCACUUGCACUUGGUACAAGAAAUGAAGAUUUACAAAUCUUGGCGGGGAGCCCUGAAGCCGCGACAGCGUGGAUUAACACCAACGUUGUUCCAUACAAAAAUGAUGUCCUUAUAACAUGGAUCUCGGCCGGAAACGAAGUGAUUCCAGGUCCACUUGGACAACAUGUUCCAAAUGCCAUGAACAAUCUCUACAAUGCUUUAGUCUCAGUUGGCUUGAGCACUGUUAAGGUCACCACAGUUGUUCCAGGUACUGCCUUGGGUGUUUCCUAUCCCCCAUCUCAAGGUGCCUUCUCUGCUGAAGUGGCUCCUAUUAUGGGAUAUGUCUUGGCAUUUUUAGCCAAGACCAAUGCACCACUCAUGAUCAAUGUGUACCCUUAUUUUGCCUAUGCCUCUGAUCCAACCAACAUUCAAUUGGAUUAUGCUCAAUUUGCUGACCAUCCUGUGGUGACAGAUGGAAAUUUGAGCUAUUCUAGCUUGUUUGAUGCCAUGGUGGACUCAUUUUACUCAGCUAUGGAAAAGACUGGUGGAUCUAAUGUUUCUGUUGUUGUAUCAGAGAGUGGUUGGCCUAGUGCUGGUAAUGAACCUCAUUCAAGUAUAGCUAAUGCACAGAAGUACAACUCUAGGCUUAAGGAAAGAGUAUUAUCAACUACUAAGCCAGGGACUCCCAAGAGGCCAAAUGCAACCUUGCAAACAUUCUUCUUUGCCAUGUUUAAUGAAAACCUAAAACCUGCUGGAACAGAGCAACACUUUGGUUUCUUCUAUCCUAAUAAAGAGCCUGUAUAUCCCUUUUGGUAG